CCUCCCUUUGGGAGAUAGGACCCUGUGCUCACAGCAGCUGCCUGUUUCCUCCAGAAGUUUGGCACGUCAGGCUGGCACGAUGCACGUGGUAGUGAUCGGAGCGGGCGUCAUUGGGCUGUCCACCGCCCUCUGCAUCCAUGAGCGCUACCACUCGGUCCUGCAGUCGCUGGAUGUGAAGGUCUAUGCAGACCGCUUCACCCCCCUCACCAACACUGACGUGGCUGCUGGCCUCUGGCAGCCCUACCUCUCCAAGCCCAGCAACCCAGAAGAGGCGCACUGGAACCAGCAGACCUUCAACUAUCUCUUGAGCCACAUCGGUUCUCCCAACGCUGCAAGCAUGGGCCUGGCCCCAGUCUCAGGCUAUAACCUCUUCCGUGAAGCCGUUCCGGACCCUUACUGGAAGGAUAUAGUUCUGGGAUUUCGGAAGCUGACUCCCAGAGAACUGGACAUGUUUCCUGAUUACAGCUAUGGCUGGUUCAACACAAGCCUGAUUCUGGAGGGGAGGAGGUAUCUGCAGUGGCUGACUGAAAGGUUAACUGAGAGGGGAGUGAAAUUCUUCCUGCGGAAGGUGGAGUCUUUUGAGCAGGUGGCAAGAGGAGGCGCGGAUGUGAUUAUCAACUGCACUGGGGUGUGGGCUGGGGCGUUGCAACCAGAUCCCCUGCUGCAGCCGGGCCGGGGGCAGAUCAUUAAGGUGGAUGCCCCAUGGAUGAAGCACUUCAUUAUCACCCAUGACCCAGAGAGAGGCAUCUACAAGUCCCCAUACAUCAUCCCGGGCAUCCAGGCAGUGACUCUUGGAGGCAUCUUCCAGCUGGGGAACUGGAGCGAGACAAACAAUAUCCAGGACCACAACACCAUUUGGGAAGGCUGCUGCAGACUGGAGCCCACACUGAAGGAUGCAAAAAUUGUUAGUGAAUGGACUGGCUUCCGGCCAGUACGCCCCCAAGUUCGACUAGAAAGAGAACAGCUUCAAGUCGGAGCUUCAGACACAGAGGUCAUCCACAACUAUGGCCAUGGAGGCUACGGGCUCACGAUCCACUGGGGCUGUGCCCUGGAGGUGGCCAAGAUCUUUGGGAAAAUCCUGGAAGAAAGGAAUUUGCUCAGGAUGCCACCAUCCCACCUCUGAAGACGCCAGUAACCACCGCCUCCCGCACAAAAUAUCCCUGCUCCCUUCAGCCAGCUAAACAUUGUACCCAUCUCUUACCACCCACCCCACCCCUGAUCAUUUUUGCAAGAAGCACAAGGUGAGAGGAAACCACAAGCUCAGUUCCUGGAGGAGAGUCCGGCCCUCAUGGAUGACAGAGGUCUCUCCACCUUCUCCAGGCCUGGCAUUAAGAAGAACAGCUGUUCAUGGGAGGCUGUUAUCCCAUGAGUCCUCAGAGGAAGAAAAAUGCAGAAAAUCCAACUGGUGAGGGAGCUCUGAGUGAGGGAGGCUAUGGGGGAGCCCCGAGUGAGGGAGGGUGUGAGGGAACCCCGGGUGAGGAAGGUGUGAGGAGCCCCGAGUGAGGGAGGGUGUGAGGAGCCCCGAGUGAGGGAGGGUGUGGGGAGCCCCGAGUGAGGGAGGCUGUGGGGAGCCCCGAGUGAGGGAGGGUGUGAGGAGCCCCGAGUGA